UUCCUCCUCUCCUCGUUCUUCAGCUCGUCGCGACGUCGCCUCAUGCCUUUCGGUUCCCGAGGUUUUGCAGUCGCUAAAACCCUACUCGACCGGGAGCAGGAAAAAGACAGUUGACCGACGAGGUUCCGAGGCCAGGGACGCGGUAGCGAAGCUCACAGUCUUGGUUUAACCUUCUGGAGGGUUGAGUCGUUUCACGAGCGGCGAGUUAGGGACCCGUCGGAAGCACAAGUCGAGCGGAUUGGCCUCUAACAGUCUAUCGGCGAGGAUCCAGUUAGCUUUCUCAUAGGUGUUGUGUCUGUUGAAGGUGUUCUAGGAAAUGUCUGCUGAGGCGAAAUUAAGGGUGAAGCUAAAGAAGAAACUUAAACCUGCCAUACGGAAUUCUAAGAAGCUUGGGGAAGGAAAUGCUGUUGCUGUGGAUCAAUCUUCUCACAAGGACGAUAAAGUUUUCAAGAAGGCGAAGGAAUUGAGGAGGGAUCAGAAAUCAAAUUCGGGCAUGGUUAGUAAAAUUAAAUCCGCAGCUUCUGAUAGGAGAAAGAAACGGAUUUAUGCUGGAAGGGACAAGGAUGGGGAGGAAAUGUCCCAGGAUCGUAGAGAGCCAGCAGAUAUGAAGUCUUCAUUCAGAAAAGGACAGAAGCAGUUGGAACUCAACUCUGUUUCAGUAAAAGGCAGUAAAGUAUCGCAUCGCACCAUGUGGGUUUCUGGCGGAGUGAAUGAUGCUAUUUCCGAGGUUCAGGAUUCUUCCUUGGAGUUCAAAAGGAAAGGGAAAAAAGUUGAAGUUUCCAAGACAAAUCUGAAAAACAAGACGAAGGAGGCGGGGAAGAAGAACGAUGCUGGUGGAACUGAUUUGUUGAGGAAGCAUAUGAAGGGCAAAUUGGAGGCAGGCAAGCAUUUGAGCCAGCUUCAGAACAAGCGUAUGGACACUUCUCUUCCAAAACUUGUUACAAAAAAUGCAUCGAGGAAAAUAGGCGUGGAUGAUAAUUCUGAUGUAAAAGAUGACCCGCCCAAGAAAAGGAAGCGUAUACGCCUAGAUCCAUAUGAUAUUUCAAAUAAGCGGCUAGAUGACAACAUACUCCUCAAGGAGAAUACCAAAGAGAACGAAGAACCUGAAAAGAAAGAUGAGAUGUCAAAUAAUGCUCGGUUCCGUGCAAUACAGCCUUGCCCCUCUAUCCUUUCCUUUGUUGAGGAUAAUCUGCUUGGGCGUAGACGAGUGAUUGAGCUUCAGAGGGCCGGCUACAACGUGGAUCUUUCUGCCCCUUUGGACAACAUACCCUUGUCAACGAGUUCCGAAAGAGAGAGGAUUGAAGAAAAUGUGUUCAGGAACAAAUUAAGCUUUUUUGCUGCUGCAAAUGUCUCAUCAUCGUUUCCAAGCCCGGACCUUCCGGAGAUUGCAUUUGCAGGAAGGUCAAAUGUUGGAAAAUCAUCACUAUUAAAUGCACUCACCAGACAAUGGGGUGUUGUUAGGACAUCAGAUAAGCCUGGACUUACUCAGACAAUUAAUUUCUUCAACCUAGGAUCCAAGCUCUGCUUGGUUGAUUUGCCUGGAUAUGGCUUUGCUUAUGCGAAAGAAGAAGUCAAAGAUGCUUGGGAGGAGCUUGUAAAGGAGUACGUCUCCACAAGAAUCGGCUUGAAGCGAGUUUGUUUACUCGUUGAUACAAAAUGGGGUCUGAAACCAAGGGAUCAUGAACUCGUUGAUUUGAUGGAAAGAUCUCAAACUAAAUAUCAGAUUGUUCUAACCAAGACAGAUCUGGUGUUUCCAAUUGAUGUGGCGCGCCGUGCAAUGCAAAUUGAAGAGAGUCUGAGCUCAAACAAGUCCAUCAUUCAACCUGUGAUGAUGGUGAGCUCAAAAUCUGGAGCUGGUAUGAGAACUCUGAGGACUGUGCUUGCCAAGAUUGCUCGAUUCGCCAAAGCAUAGUAUUGAAUGAGGUCUUCCAGUUAAAUUAUGAAUACAUUGACAUCUAGCUACUUUUAUCUGAGUCCAUUGAUUAGCAUGUUCGCGAUCUGAUUAUGUUUUGCUUUUGUCUUUGAACCAGCCCAAAUGUUGCCUGUAGCAAACCAGGGAAAGAAGUUGGGUAGUGCUGUGUGCUAUUGUCUCCAGGUCAGUUUUCCUUAGGCAUCGCCAACUAUUGAUGCUGGGUUCUGGGCCUUAAAUUGGGUUGGCUUUCUUCCCUUUCUUUCAAGGGUCAUAUGGAGAGUUGGGAUUUGGAUGAACCAGUGGCGUAAUGGUAGCAAGAGGAAUUGGCCGCCUCUGCUGGAGCACCUGACCUAUUGAAAGAUUGCACAGUGACAGUGUUCCUCAUUGCGAGUUAGGUAGGCUGUAUUUGGCAGCCGAAUCAUCUUUACCAUCUGCGAGUACUGCAGGAAUCAGUACCAUGAGCGAUUUCUUCGGGUUUUUGGUGAAGUCCAUUUCUGUUAUAGUUUCAACUGAUGACAAGAAAAUC